GCUUAUGAUGUGCUGCUUCUGUGUCUCUUCAUGAUCAUUCUGCACAAUCCACGUUUUCCUUCUCUCUUCUACUUCUCCCACAUCCACACCGAUGUGUAUCAACAAAAUACGAUGAAGCUUGAUGAAGGUUCGUUGCGCGGAAAACUUAUGAAUACUGGCGAUGUGCCCUGGACCAGGGAAAACCACGCUCCAUAUCAAUCAACUGUAGGUCCGCGCAAUCUGAUGGCUGACCUGAUUGAAUAUACCUCUGUGGUUAUGCAGAGAAUUCGGGGAGAUUCUGAUGGUCUGUAUACGUGUAGCCUCUGCUUCAAAAUCAUGUCCCAUGCAACAAUGGUAGAGGCUUUACAAUUUCUCAUCAAUCCGAAUCUGUCCGUCUGUCGUUUCCUGCACGAAUACAACAUUUACUUCACCAUUCAGCUACAUCGAGUGCCUCUUCGACACCGCAAGUCCAGCAUUGGUUUACUCGAUCGCAGUUCCAAUAACACUAUGGCUGCUGUUCUCUUAGAUCUUCUGGUUGAGUUUUUCUGUACUCACCUGAUGAAAUCCUUCCCUUUUGCAAUUCAUGGAGAGUGUUUGAACAUUUGCUAUCAUCUACUUUCGCACCAAAAAGAGCGCGGUCUUCGGUUAAACUAUGAUUGGAGCCAAUUAUGGAAAGCUCUCUUCGACCUCAUGUCGUAUGUCAUCAAACCAAAUGGCCCAUCUCUCUGUGAGGCAACAUUUACCACUCUUUUAAAGAUUGUAGGGAUAUUCAACUUCUUUAUAACCUUCGGAGGCUAUUUUCUCCCCAAUCCGGGCGCCUACGACUUUCUUUACUAUGAGUUGAUUCGUAUGAAGGACGUGGUAGAGCGGUUGAUUCUCUUUGUCAAUAAACACUCCUCGUCGCCCAAAAGCACUUGGCAGGCCUUGACAGCGAAUCUGUAUGAGUCUUUGGAAAAUUUGAAGAACAUUGUGAACCACUUCAAUGAAAAGAUUGCUGCCCACGUUUCCAAGGAUCGGGGUACUUCAUUGACUGAAGCACAGGUGUUUGACAUUAUUCAAAAAAAUUACGAAUCACUCAAUCUGCGGGUCUACGAGGACCUAUACAAGUACUACGAAGAGGCGGCGGUUGAUGGGGACGAGGACAACGAUCGUAUGGUAUGUCUCGACCUCAUUCGCGUAUUGAGACUGAUUGGGGCCAUUGAAUACCACAUUUUGCGGUCUCCUAUUCACAUCUUUCAAUCUUAA